AUGCAGCAAAAUCCCCACGACAGUACGCCACCGUCCUCACCAAUUUUUAGUACUGGGACAAAAACUACCGCUACCACAGUAGUGAUACCACCAACUUCAGCAAUUCUACCACACACUUUCGAUACGAAGGGCAUAUCUGACAUUGAGUCGUUACAAGCAUCUUCUUCUCUAGAUCGCCGAAAGCGAGAGGAGAAGAAGAUGUCCACCAUCACGCCUACAACGACCGCCAGUAGCAGCAAACCUGAAGAGGAGGAGGGCGACUCAGAUUUGGACAAACUUCUAAUGGAAAGUCCGACCGCUACCGGUAGUGGUGGACAUCGACGCCACGGUACUUCCUCUCUUCGGUUUGGAUCUACCCACAGCGGAUACUCAGACUCUGGUAUCUUCGAGACUAGCUCACCAGGAAGUACUGCAACCCACUCUCUAGCAAGAAGCAGCACCACAACUUCAAAAGGGAAGCAAAACAUACGACCUAUGGUGAGAGACAUGUAUUCUGAGUAUACAGCUUCAACACCUCGGUCGGGAGACGCGAUGAGGGUGGAGAGGGACAAAACUAUCCUCUCUACAGUUUCUAUCGGUCCUCGAUCCACUACGGACGCGUCAAUCAGUACAGAUGAUUUCUACUAUCCUCUAGAUGCAUCUGUUCUACUGCCCACUCAGUCUGCAACUCCCCUAGUCAUGAGCCGAGCUACAAUUUCAACCCCUUCCCUACCCUUGACCACAGUUCCGUUCUCACCCUCAACCCGACUUGACCAACAGACACAAACGGAGAACAAGUUCCUUAAAACCAAGCGAAAAAGCACCAAACGCAUGCUCCUCUUCCACGCUCCUCAUCACCCCGUGAAAAGCAGUGUUGAAACAGUGCCACUACGCGCACUUGGUGCUAGCGACCAAUUGCAUGCUGAGCACACAGUCGACUUAGGCACAAGCGUGCCAGCACCCGCAGGCGUCAUUCUCGUAAAAUCGACUGCAGCAGCGACAGGUGGUGCUGCUAUGGAGGCAACACCAGUCAGCCAAACCCUCCGAGAUAAAGAUCAUGCGAAACUGAGGAGAAACGAGGAGGAGGCGGCGGAAGAGAAGGAGGAUAUGGAGGUACCUAGUGAGGCUGCGGCAAUUCAAGGCUUCUCUUGGAGUGAGGAAAGUGCAGACUCUGUGGAGGCCAGCUGGUAUCAUCCUCAUCUCCAUCUCAGUGAAAAAACCAAACGAUUUCAUAAGAAAAUGCGACGGAAACAAAAUGGCGAUGAAGAAUAUGUGAAGAUGGAAGAAGUUAGCAAAGUAGAUUACAAUGUCAAACUUCGGCAUUUUAUUGUAGAAAUCGCUUAG